GCGACCCCGUUUUCUUCCUCCUUCACCAUUUUCGAUCAUCACAGUGAUAGAUCUCAUCUGAAUUUUACAGUAACAAUGGAAGGUGAAUUACCAAGCGUAAAGAAAUGGAUUGUGUUGUAUCCUGUUUAUAUAAAUUCCAAAAAGACUGUAGCUGAAGGAAGACGAAUCGGCAUCUCCAAAUCAUGUGAAAACCCUACUUGUGCAGAAAUUGGGGAUUGCUGCAGUUAUCUUAAACUUCCUUUUGCGAUCGAGAUAGAUAAGGCUUACCCUCGUGAUUUCAUGCAAAGAGGGCGAGUUAGGGUUUUGCUGAAAAAGGAAGAUGGAACUCUCAUUAAUCCAUCAAUUUCUUCCAGAAAGCAACUAAUGUUGUGCAUUGCCGAGAUGGUCCCUAGACAUCAUGGAAGAACCAAGAAGCAGGAGGCCGCAUCAGCAUCAACUGCAACUGCUGGACCUUCCAACAAAUCUGGGAAAGGUGGGAAAAAAAGAAGAUAAUUAUGUGUUUGAAACUUUGUCUUCACAUUUUGAUACCAGUGUCUUUCCGGGUAUAUUAAUCAUUACAGUUGGAAAUGUUUAUCCUAAUUUGAUUGAAAAUUUACCAUUCGGAUAUGUGUUUAUUGGAAAUGAUCUUGUGCUUAGAUGUAAGUUGUAACAAUGCUUAGAAGACUUCUUUUUAUAGUCUGUUUUUCUGUCUUUUUUUUUUCCCGAAGUUGCAACAUCAUGUAAGUUGUAACACCCAUGCUUAUUUAAUUCAUCACCAAGUAUAGUGUAGAAUAAUGCUUUAUAUUUUGAUUUCUUGUCAUAACUUGAUUUGAGAAUAUUUAAGUAGUCUAUAAUACUCAUUCUCAAA